AACGUUUUGAACGCUGGAAGCGACCGAAAUCCAACUCCAUUCUUAGAGCCAUUCCAUUCCCCCAGUCAAGAUCACACACAGUCGAAACAUGCGUCUCUCCAUUUUUGGCCCGUUGCUGCUGCUGCUGCUGUUGACGGUUUGUCUGCAUUCCGCCACAUCGGAUGUCUCUCAGCUGGUGCGCUCUGGUAAUGGCUUCGUCUACGACGUGCCCAAGGUCACCCAGCUGGAGUUGGAGGUCAGCAAUGAGUUCCCCACGGGCGAGGAGUUUCCCCAGGAUGCCAUACCCGUAGCCCCAUCCGAUGCGGAGCUAGGCCAAGCCGAAGAGCCAGUGGAAUCCCAGCUAACAUCCGCCUCCAAGCUGGUGGCCAGUAAAAGUGGCAGCAGCAUUCACGGCUACAAGUACCAAGUGCCCAGCAGGCGAUUCAAGAGCUGA